GGGAUGCGUAAUUUGCUCGAGCUCCAAUACCACAGCAGGGCGUCAGUUCCAAUUGCAUAGUGAAUCAAAUAAUCUAACUGUAAAUAGUAGAAAUAUCGACCUGAUCUUUGCUUUUUGUUGAAAGACGUCAUUAUCGCAUUCCGUGAAUACUGAUUAGGAGGACAGUACUCUUUGAUAAGGUCCGAAAAUCCAUAUAAAUGUAACGUCGAUCCUAACCCAAUUUAAUCAGCAGGUGCUUAAAGAUGUUGUAUAAUUUGGUUGUGGAUGGUGUUGAAACCAAAGUGACCAUCAACGAUGACGAUGUAAAGUUCGAAUCAAAUGACAAUGCAGAGCUCAGUUACCAGUUCGAUGAUGUCAUAGGAUGUGAGGAGACCAUGGUGGGAUGGGUAUGGAAAACGGAAGUGACCCGAGUGUGGCUAAUCGAACAUGAAUCUUCCAAUUUAUUGGUGAAGAAGUGCAUAGUCGUGUCAGGGAAUGAACGAAAACGUUUUCAACAAGCUUUAACAAGGAAGACAGUAAAGGAAACAAAACGUCCCAAACGACUACUGGUGAUGAUAAACCCUAAUGGAGGCAAUGGUACCGCUAGGAAGGAUUUCAGGGAUAUAGUAGAACCCGUUUUCAGACUUUCUGGAAUAUCUAUGGAUAUCAUCUUCUCUGAGCAUCCUGGUCAUUUAAUUGAUGUUACUAAAAGUUAUGACUUUACCGAUACUGAUGGGAUCGUACUACUUGGAGGUGACGGGACUUACCAUGAAGUACUCAACGUAUUGAUGAGAAAAAGACAGGAGGAACAAGGCGUGGAUAUUAACGACCCAAAUGCAGCAUUAUAUCCCUUGAACAUUCCAUUCGGCUUGAUACCGACUGGAUCAUGUAGCAAUUGGUCAUUGAAUACCACAGGGACCCGGGCUGUGCUAACGGCCGCUCUUCACGUCAUUCAAGGAAGAACCGUGGCCUCUCCCCUGAUAACUGUAUUCAACAAUGGUAAACUUCUAGGAUUUGGGUGUGCUGGCUUUAGCUACGGAUUCCUUACGAAUGUUGUUGUUCGCUGUGAAAGGGAUUUCCGCUGGCUAGGACGAUCCCGAUACAAACUGAUUUGCUUGUGGGUACUCCUCUUUGAAAAUCUUUCUCAAUACAUUUACGAUGCCAAAGUAACCUUCCACACAUCAGUCACCGAGCGACGGAACACUAAAACCAACGAGACAGAGAUCUUUGUUGCUGAUAGAAAACUCACUGGAUACACUUCUUAUACUUCUGAUACAGUGAUCUAUAACCGGAAGUUCUGGGACAUGAUGAUCUUCAACGGGAAUACGAUCUUUAAUGGAAAACCCCUGAUAGACGCCACUAAAAUGUUUGUCCCCAAGCCAACGAUGUUUUCUUCUGUUGUUUUAUUCGACACGAUAUCACCCGGAUCUGUACGCAAGUUUUUCAAACUCAGUUUUGGAAAUAAGUAUCUGGACGAAUUAGGUAGUGACAUGGAUGUUUUACAUAUUCGAGGAAUCAAGAUGGAAUUAAUAGGAGGUUUGGAUGACACAGAACCGGAUACAGCACCGGCAAAGAGAACAGUCAUACUAGAUGGGGAGAAGUAUGAACUGGAAUCUCCAUCUUGUCAAUUCUGGUAUAAACUCGACGUUGUGCAGGUCUUUUCAAGUUACCUGUGAAUUGCCUAUAAGUACUUGUGCGUGGAAUCAGAGUGGUGUUUAACAAAGUAUAUUAUUUGGAAGCAUACAAUUUUGGUUGUAAUAAAAUAUCCUUGGAUAUUCCCACUUAUUUCUCACCUAUGGUUCCAGGAGCCCAUUGGAUUGGAUAUAUUUCUUUAUUAAUUACAUACGUAUAUAUAUAUUAAUACAUACACGAUAUUACUUUAAAGACCCAUCUCAUGACCGUACGGUCAGUGAAAAUGUAGGCGGAGCCUAAUCUAAACAGAUGUUAUUUACCUGGAGUGACCAGGAUCUACCAAGGUGUUAAUUGCUAUAUCUCAUGGCACUCAAAGAAAUACACAGAGGCAGAACAUGGUAGAAAUCUACCUGUCCAUGCUUUUUUUUAUAUAUAUAGUUUUGAUAUACACAGGACCUGUCUCAGGGACCUCUGCAGAGUUUCUGUGGUCAUAGUGUUAGGUUGUAUUCCUAAGGGUAGCUGACACACAUUCUACACCCACUCCUCUUUCUCUCUGUCAUUGACUCAAUGAAUAAUUUCUGUUAUAAAUAUAGAGGUAUCAUAAAUUGAUGACAUAAAUUAUUUCAAUAGGUUACAAGUUUUAGAAAUAAUUGUACAAAUUAUUAUUUGAUUUCUGAUUGUGUAAUUUAUAAUACAUGUACAGGUAUAUAGAGGGGGAAAAUUACAAUUAUAUUGAAAUUGCAUUGUUCAGGGACCUUUAUCAAAACAAUUGAAUUACAAGAAAAUAGCAGUUGUGGACAGGUCAUUGCAAUCAAAAGUCAGGUAGACUGCGCUUCCUCAAGAUCUAAAGAAUGCCUGUAGAUACUGGCUGUUAUUGUUAUCAAAACACCUCUCUGGGGUAGCCCCAGACCACAGUGUCUGCAGAUGUCACUCCACCUGAGAUCUAUUGUUAAAUGUUUGAUUGGCAGGCAGCUUACAAUUUGGGGGUGUCAACUUAAAAUUGGGUCUUUAAGAAAAUGAAUAUAUAAGAUAUAUAUAUAUAUAUAUAUAUAUAUAUAUAUAUAUAUAUAUAUAUAUAUAUAUAGGUAAAAAAUAAAAAUGAAACACGAAGACGUUUUUAGAUAGAUAGAUAGAUAGAUAUAUAUAUACGCAUACAUAUAUAUACACAUUCAUAUACAUAAGUUCGAUAUUCAUAAUACUAUAUCAAAUGUAUACAAAUAUGGUAGAUAUGUUUUUCAAUAAGCCAUGCUGCCGUUGGGGAACAACCUUAAACACACAAUAUCCAUAUUUUCCUCUUCAGGCAACGCUACUGAAGGACAGACCCCUUCAGAUAGUUUGACUAUUUUUAAUUAUUAUCAUCACAAAGUCAUAGAAAUAUCAUAAAACCAUUUAUAAUUAAACUUGAAAUUCAGUGUUUUAUAAGUCUCAUAUUGGUACAUUAAGUUUGUUUUUACAAAAUAGGAAAUGUCAUUAAUAUGUUCGUCUUUAUUUUCAUAUCUUAACUUCAUCUUUAUUUUAUAUAUGUAUAUGAUAAUAAAUGAUUUAUUGAAGUGGAAAUUUUAUUUCCUUCAUGAAAAAAUCCUAAUGCGUAUUGCUGUAAACUGAUAUAAAUUUUUUGCUAUGUCGUACGUACGAAAUACUAAGUUGUACGACCGAGAUACUAAGUCGUACGUACGAGAUAAUAAGUCGUUAUUACGAGAUAAUAUGUCAUACGUACGAGAUACUAAGUCGUACGAACGACAUAAUAAGUCGUAAUUACGAGAUAAUAAGUCGUAUAAACGACAUAUAGUAAGUCGUACGUACGAUAUAAUAAGUCGUUAUAACGAGAUAAUAAGUCGUAUUUACGAGAUAAUAAGUCGUACGAACGACAUAAUAAGUCGUAAUAACGAGAUACCAAGUUGUAAUGACGAGAUAAUAACUCGUACAAACGAGAUACUAACUCGUACGGACGAGAUAGUAACUUGUACGUACGAGAAACACUAAGUCGUACGAACGACAUAAUAAGUCGUUAUUACGAGAUACUAAGUCGUAAUAACGAGAUGAUAUGUCGUAAUAACGAGAUACUAAGUCGUAAUAACGAGAUAAUAUGUCGUAAUAACGAACUACUAAGUCGUAUAACGAGAUAAGUUGUAUGAACGACAUAAUUAAGUUGUAAUAACGAUAUACUAAGUUGUACGUACGACAUAAUAAGUCGUAAUAACGAGAUAAUAAGUCGUAAUUACGAGAUAAUAAGUCGUACGAACGAGAUACUAAGUCGUAAUAACGAGAUAAUAAGUUGUAAUAACGAGAAAAUAAGUCGUUAUUACGACAUAAUUAAGCCUUAUGAAUGACAUAAUUUCACCAAACAACAAAUAUGGACGGCGUAGAAACAGUUGACGUGCUUGUAAAGUUUUAUUUCAAGAUAGGAUUUAACCACAAAGAAAUUUUGCAAUCUCUAGCUUUUUAUAAUGGGAUUGGGAUUAAUAUUAGAAGCUUGAGACGUCUUAUGGCAAAAAUGGGUUUGUUUCACCGCAAGAGUUAUUCAAAUAUUGCUGUGGCUAUGUUUAUAACGGAACAAGUUGACAAAUCAGGCCAGUUACAAGGGUAUAAACUGUUACACUUCAAGUGUAUCAAGAAUGGUUUUGUUGUAAAUCAGGAGAGUGUUCGAUUGUUGCUUCAAUUUAUUGACCCAGAGGGCGUUGAAACAAGACAGCGAAACAGACUUCAGAGGCGAAAAUACUUAUGCAGUGGACCCGGUUUUGUAUAACACGUAGACUCUUAUGAUGAAUUGAAGCCAUACGGAUUUUGCCUAAACGGUUGAUAUUGAUAAUAUUAGCUGGAAAAUCACCGGAAGUGUACAUGAAUUAACACAAACCUUCAAGUUAUCUGUAACCUGCAUGUACUCAUUUAUCUCUCGUCCAGGUUUUUUUCACAUUGUAAACAAUGAAAUAAUUAACAAAAGUGUUUACUAGUAUAUGUAAUAAAGAAUGUGUUUCUUUUGGUUCAGUUGCCUGCAUACAUUAUAUAGCUCCUAAUCGUAUAAAGUAUACAUGAAAUGUUUUGGGAACUGUAUAUAGCGAAUUCACUUCUUGCACACUACGAUGCCUCAGCAGCAUUGUUUACGAAAAUUCCUAAGAUUCUUCUUCAAAAAGUUCCAAGGACAUAUCUCAAAUCUAGGGAAAUUUUAAGGUCAUUUUUAGACAAACUUUGGAUGUAAACCAAAGCUGUCUUAGGAAUAUAUAAGGCGUCUUAAAAGUAAUUAUGACAUAAAGAUACGCAAAUUUUUAAAACGAGGUGUAAAAUGAUAGUGCGUGUCAUAAUUAUACACUGUAGUUAAAUUACCUUAAAGAAGAAUGAUUGCUAUGUAAAAACAGCGAAGACAAAUGCAAUUUUAUAAUUUAAUUAUAGUUUAAAUCAAUAGAGAGAGAGAGAGAGAGAGAGAGAGAGAGAGAGAGAGAGAGAGAGAGAGAGAGAGUCAAAAUUCAAAUCCAGUACUCAAACUUUUAUCUAAUCUAUCUAUAGAUAAAAGCUUGAGUACAGGAUUUGAUUUUUGACUUUUUUCUACCCCGAUACCAAGAAAAAAGAAUUGAUUGAAUAUAUACUGAAUUGAAUAAGACUUAGUAUCUCGUUAUUACGACAUAUUUUCUCGUUAUUACGACUUAGUAUCUCGUUAUUACGAUAUAUCAUCUCGGUAUUACGACUUAGUAUCUCAUAAUGACGUCUUAUUAUGUCGUUCGUACGACUUAGUGUUUCUCGUACGUACAAGUUAUUAUCUCGUUCGUACGAGUUACAAUGUAGUAUCUCGUUCGUACGAGUUAUUAUCUCGUCAUUACAACUUAGUAUCUCGUUAUUACGACUUAUUAUGUCGUUCGUACGACUUGUUUUCUCGUAAAUACGAAUUAUUAUAACGUUAUAACGACUUAUUAUGCCGUACGUACGACUUAGUAUAUGUCGUUUAUACGACUUAUUAUCUUGUAAUUACGACUUAUGUCGUUCGUACGACUUAGUAUCUCGUUCGUACGACCUAGUAUUUCGUACGUACGACAUAGCAUAUCAAUUGGCAGCAAUACGCUUCCGUACUAAUGCAACAUGUUUUCAUUUUAAAUUAAAUUUCAAAUGAUUUUCUAAUUUCUUCCAUAUUAAUUGUACGUUUCUAUACUCAAAGAUUAAAUGUUUUGUGUCUUCGAGUGUUUGGCAAAACGGGCAUUGAUUAGAUACGUUUUUAUUCCAUUUGUGAACAUAUUUAUUAUUAUUGAGUAGAUUUUGUAAGAGUUUGUAAUUAAAUUCUGCUAAUUGCCCGUCUUUGAUUUUAGUGAUUUUUGACUGAUGAAUAUUUGUUUUGUUUUCUUCAAAAUUGAAGCUUUUUGCCUGAAAUCUCUCACAGUAGGGUUUAAUGAAGAUUGUUGUGAUAAAUAUAUCAUAUAUUGUUUUGCUAUUUAUCAAGUUUAGGGGUAUUCUUCUCUUGUUUUCUAAUAAAAUGUUACUUUGUUUUCUUAUGUUUAUAUAGACUCCUUUUGAAGUAUCGUGAUAUUUUUGGACAGGUUUAAUAACCCUUUUCAGUGUGUUAUAUUCGCAAAUCCAGUUAGACUUGUUGACAAGAAUAAAAAAAAAAAAAAUUGAUAUUGUUUUCAUCAAAUAGGUCUUUAAUGUAUAGCAUUCCACCUUUUAUCCAAUCUGUGUAGAAAAGAAGUUUACCAUUAAAUCAAGUCAAGUUGUUUAACCCUGUAGUUUGAGACAAUACUUCAACGUCAGUCAUCUCUUUUAUUUUAUGUGUUUUACGUUUGCAUUCAUUCAAUGUACUGAGUACUUCGCAGUAAAAUAUUGGUAAUGAUUUGAAAAUUUGCUUUAUUUCAUCAGCACUGGUUGUAUUUGUCUUUAUGAGAUAUUCGGGUGUAAUGAAUCUUUUAAGAAUAUACGAAUUAAAGAAAGAUUUUAAAGA